GCGCACCUGUAGUGCGCCAUUAGUAGCGAAAACAGGUAUACUGGUCGGGGCUGUACUGUUCGGAUCCAGUCAGGCACCCGGACCGCCUGGUUUUGGCCACGAGCUGGGACCACUUGGUAGCGGCCCCUACGCGGACUAUGAGACCCAUGCUAAGGCCGUGAUCACUAAUUUUUGGAAAUACUAUCGAGUUUUCCGGAGCACAAGGCCAUUCCCGACCAGAUCGUCCUUUGCCAAGCCAAGAGUAAGCCCCGCCAGAUGCAGCACGAGGUGCGCUGGGUGGCCAUCUCGACAAACUAUCACGACGCUCUUGGUGUGAAUAUGACCAAGGAAGAAGCGCGGAGGACGGACAUUACCUUGGAGAGGCACGAGUACUUGGCGGUGUGUCCAAAUUGGUGUUAUGGAAAAGACGAGUCCUGGGCAGCAUUGGUGGAUCUGUGGUGUGAUGAGGAUGGAGCUUGGGCGGCUACGAGCAUCAAAAACAAGGCUAACCGAGGGAGGGAGGGAGUACAUGCUCAGGGAAACCGAAACCACUUUCUUCACAAGACACUUGAGGAGGAGAAACUGAAGCAGCCGCUCUCACACAUGGAGGCGUGGGAGAUCGCCCAUACACGGAGGAAGCCCAAGCCUGGUGAGGCCAAGUACUACGGCAAGACCGCGGAGUAUAAGAAGGCCUACUCCGAGGGGUAUCUGAGUUUACAUCCUGGCUCACCUGACCCCAUUGCGGCGGAUCUGGAUGAGAGGGUGGUGGUGGGCAUGGGGCCCAAGAAGCAUGGUCGGCAGCCGAUUCUGGAUGCUGUGAUCACUCCUUCUAUCUCCUACACACAGCUCCGAGCUACCAACCCGAGCUUGUGCCAGCGCACGAGCACGCCCAUGACCAGUGCGCAGUCACAGUCACUACUAGGAAAAGGAUAAUUAGUGGCGCACCUGUUUUGGCCAUUAAUGGUGCACUACAGGUGCGCCACUAUCAUCACGCCACUAGUAACUAAUACUAAUGGCGCACCCCUGGUGCGCCAUUAGUAUACCAGACAAUAGUGGCGCAUCAUGGAGUGCACCAUUAGUAUGUCAAACGGUGCGCCAUUACUAUGCCUCCCAGGGGGGCAUAUUUACCUUGUGCUCUGGGUUACUAAAGGUGCACUUCUAGAUAAUGCGCCACUAGUGUGUUUAUUGCAGUGCGCCACUAAAGUGCAGUGUGGUGCGCCACUAGUAUGAAUAUUAGGAAUUUUUUUCCUGAUA